GUGUGUUAACUUAAUGCCACGUCGGUUUGAGUUUGAGCAGCAUCUGAUGCUCGUUACUGCUCCGAAAACGCAAAAUAACACAUAUCUGACCAAUACUGCACAUUAUAACGGUACCGGAGCUGUGUCCGGUUAGCAGACAGGUGAAAUGAAGACCUUUCACAAACUGACGUUAUCUCUGGGUGUGAUCAGUGGUAUAGUCGUGAUUUUACUGUCCCAUCACACUCACGCUCAUGGACACGCACACCAUGAUCAUGGACACGCCCAUGGUGACGGCGGUUGCCACGGACACUCGCAUGGUGGCGCGAAGUUGCAUCAAGGGGCGAGCAAAUGGAGUGCUGAAGCAAAUCUGCCUUCUGCCGAGGAGGAGCACCACGGGCAUACACAUGGACACGACCACGCACACGACCACGCACACGACCACGCACACGACCACGGACACGCACGCGACCACGCACGCGACCACGCACGCGACCACGACCACGCACACGACCACGGACACGCACACGACCACGCUGAAGAACGAGUGAAGAGAGAUGUGGAAACAGGAAAACGGAACAUACUAGAGCUCUGGAUGCAGGCAAUUGGAGCGACUCUGCUGAUCAGUGCUGCACCCUUCCUCAUCCUCUUCCUCAUCCCAGUACAGUCCAACACUGACCAGCAUCAGAACCUGCUCAAAGUACUCUUGAGUUUUGCAUCAGGGGGGCUGCUGGGAGACGCCUUCCUGCAUCUCAUCCCACAUGCUCUAGAGCCUCAUUCUCACCAUGACCAAGAGGAGUCUCACUCUCACGGCAGUGAGGAGUCACAUGGUCACUCUCAUGGUGCUGCCCAUGGUCAUAUGAUGUCUGUAGGAUUGUGGGUACUGGGCGGCAUUGUCGCAUUUCUAGUUGUUGAGAAAUUUGUUCGCCUCUUGAAGGGAGGACACUCACAUUCUCACUCACAUGCGGCUCCAAAAGCAAAGGACAGUGAUGGAGAGGAGGACCAGAAAGAAGAGAAGGGUGAGAAAGGGAAAAAACUGGGUUUGGAUACAAAACCUGUCACGAAUGCAGCAGAGAAGAGUUCUGAUAUUAAAGUGUCUGGUUAUCUAAACCUGGCUGCUGAUUUCACACACAACUUCACCGAUGGUCUUGCGAUUGGAGCGUCGUUCCUUGUCAGUCCAGCGGUUGGCGCAGUGACCACCAUCACAAUCCUUUUACAUGAAGUGCCGCAUGAGAUCGGAGACUUUGCUAUUCUCGUCCAAUCAGGCUGCACCAAGAGGAAGGCCAUGUGUCUUCAACUUCUCACAGCUAUUGGUGCAUUAGCGGGAACUGCCUGCUCCUUAUUGGCUGAAGGGGUGGGUGCCGCGGCCACGGCCUGGAUCCUCCCAUUCACCGCCGGAGGCUUCGUUUACAUCGCCACUGUCACAGUUCUUCCAGAGCUGCUGGUGGGACGGUCAAGUUUCUGUCAGUCCAUGCUGGAGAUCUUUGCGCUGCUGUUCGGUGUGGGCAUGAUGGUGCUGAUCGCAGAGUAUGAGUGAAGCAGGAGGAAAUGCUUGAAAGGAGAACUUACUGAAAAUUUGAAUUUAUAGGGACUAAAGACGUGUAAUAAGAGAGAGUGUUUGCAAUUAAUGUUUCUGUUGACUGCAGAGAACAAGAAUGAGUGAUUGACAGUAUAGACAAAUGAAUGCUGAGCAAGUCGAUAAAAUAUUGAGUGAGUGAGUGAAUGAAAAUACUGUGUAAGAGAGCUGGAGUAAUUUGUCCAAUGACCAUCAGAAAUUGAUCAAUUGAUCACAUAAGUAAUUUUAGGCAAAUUAACCAACCUUCCCAGGGACUAACAGCUAGAUUGGAUGGGAUCAGAUAAUUUGAAGACUUCUAAACUUUCCAACAGUGACCAAUUUUCUUUCUUUUUUUUCUUCGUGUAUGGAGAAGUCAAAUUAACAAAUGUGUCUUUAACCACUAAAAUACACAUUUACACUCCUCAGUAGAUUUGAUUUCAAGAAAUAUCAGAAUAUCAAGUAUGACUUUGCUGUUCAUGUGUAGAUGUCCUUAUUCUCUGGAAUAAUCAGUCCAAUGAGUUUUGUUUGUUACGUUCAGUCUGCGUAUUUGUCUGAUUUUUACAUGUUGAAAUAAUUUCUCAUAUUGUGACACAUCUUUAAGAGUCUCUCAGAGGAUUCAAGCUUCUGCAUUCAUUGGUGAUGGGUUCUUUGAAACAUGCAAACACUAGGCUUGAAUUUUAGUUUAGGUUUGACCGUUGACAGUCUUGCCUUUUUACAAGAUUUUUUGAAAAAUAUUCACAACCUUUAUCUUUCCUGUAUGUAAACACUUUAGACCUUUAAGGUGUAAAAAGUACAUAGGCAGUUUUUACACCCCCAUUCAGUUUGUAACAAAUGUAAAAUGGCUUUAGAAAGGGGAAAAAAAAAACCAUUCACACAGACUCUCAAUAAAGCACAUUUGUUUUAGCCUGC